AUGUCAAGAGGUCCUCCACCAGGUAUAAAGCUAUUCAGAGGCAAAGAAUGGAAUCUUCAAACGUAUCGUUACAUUGUUUUACUCAUAACAUUCAUCGCCUACGUUUGUUACCACGCUUCACGAAAACCGACGGGAAUCGUCAAAAGCGUUUUAUGUCCCGACGCGAAUAAGAAAGCGAAAUAUUCAGGGUGGGCUCCGUUUAACGGACCUAACGGUGUUUCGAAGUUAGGAGAAAUCGAUUUAGCGUUCUUAGCUUGUUAUUCUUUAGGUAUGUAUGUUGCAGGGCAUUUAGGUGAUUCUCUUGACCUUCGUUUGUUUCUUACGACGGGAAUGAUUGGAAGUGGGAUUUUCGUUGGGUUAUUUGGGAUGGGUUAUUUCAUGAAUGUUCAUGAGUUUUGGUUUUAUUUAUUGAUGCAAAUGUUUGCGGGAUUGUUUCAAGCGACGGGUUGGCCUUCUGUUGUUGCGGUUAUCGGGAACUGGUUUGGGAAGAGGAAGAGGGGGCUUAUCAUGGGGAUUUGGAAUGCGCAUACUUCGGUUGGGAAUAUUAGCGGUUCACUUCUUGCUGCUAGUGUUUUGGAUUAUGGUUGGGGCUGGUCUUUUGUUGUGCUUGGUUUGUUGAUUGUGUUUGGUGGGUUUUUUGUGUUUUUGUUCUUGCCGGCUUAUCCUGAGGAUGUUGGAUUUUGUUAUAUUCAUGGGGAUGAAGAGGAGCAGAGGGUUAAAACGGUUGAUGGUGGUGCGGUUGAAGGGGAGAGAGAGAGGGAGAGGGAGAAUCAGAGGACUGGUGAUGGGAGAGAUGGGAGAGGGAGUAGUAUUGGACUUUAUGAAGCUUGUAUGAUACCUGGUGUUAUUACUUUUGCUAUGUGUCUUUUCUUUGCUAAGCUUGUGGCUUAUACAUUUCUCUAUUGGUUGCCCUUUUACUUGACUCAGACAGAAAUUGGCGGGAAGUAUAUGUCUGUUAAAUCGGCCGGAAACCUUUCAACCUUAUUCGAUGUGGGGGGUAUUUUUGGAGGAAUACUUGCUGGUUACAUGUCUGAUAAACUCAGUGCCCGUGCUAUAACCGCAGCCAGCUUCAUGUAUGCAGCGAUUCCUGCUAUGCUUUUAUACCGAACAUAUGGAAGUGUUUCUAUGCAUGCCAACAUUGGACUUAUGAUGGUGACUGGAUUAUUGGUAAAUGGGCCCUAUUCACUUAUUACUACUGCUGUCUCUGCCGACUUGGGUACACAUAAAUCUCUCAAAGGCGAUUCUCGUGCUCUGGCCACAGUGACUGCAAUCAUAGAUGGUACUGGAUCGGUUGGUGCAGCUAUCGGCCCUCUUCUUACCGGAUUCCUGUCAACAAGGGGAUGGGAUGAAGUUUUCAUGAUGCUAGUUCUGGGUGCAUUUGUUGCUGGCCUUCUCCUGUCGCCUUUGAUCUUGGCCGAAAUUGCAGAGAAAACUGGCAAAACUAGGCCCAAUGGACAACAAAUUCCUAGAGACGCCGCAUCUCAACCACUUCUGCAAGAAGAAAGGUGA